AAAACGUCGUCGUAGGAUCAUCAAAACAAACAAACAGGCUGAAUCAAAGAAGAGAAAGAACAAAAAAAGAGGGUUUUAGGGUUCCGGUGAAGGAGAUGAGCACGUAUAAUUACGUGGUUACAGCCCAUAAACCCACCAAUGUCACUCAUUCAUGCGUCGGCAAUUUCACUGCUCCACAACAACUCAAUCUUAUUAUCGCGAAAUGCACGCGUAUCGAGAUUCAUUUACUUACUCCUCAAGGCUUGCAGCCUAUGUUGGAUGUGCCAAUAUACGGAAGAAUUGCAACUCUAGAACUUUUCCGUUCUCAUGGUGAAACACAAGACCUUCUGUUUAUUGCAACCGAAAGAUACAAAUUUUGUGUUCUUCAAUGGGAUGCUGAUGCAAAUGAGGUUAUUACAAGAGCUAUGGGUGAUGUCUCGGAUCGCAUAGGCAGACCUACAGAUAAUGGCCAGAUAGGCAUAAUUGACCCCGACUGCAGACUCAUCGGGCUUCAUUUGUAUGAUGGGUUGUUUAAGGUCAUUCCAUUCGAUAACAAAGGACAACUCAAAGAAGCAUUUAACAUCAGGCUAGAAGAACUUCAAGUUUUGGAUAUCAAAUUUCUAUACGGUUGUCCAAAGCCUACAAUCGUUGUUCUUUAUCAGGAUAAUAAAGACGCACGCCAUGUAAAAACAUACGAGGUAUCGUUGAAGGAUAAAGACUUUGUUGAAGGUCCAUGGUCUCAAAACAAUCUUGAUAAUGGGGCCGAUUUGCUAAUUCCAGUCCCGCCACCUUUUUGUGGUGUAUUAAUCAUCGGGGAGGAGACAAUUGUGUAUUGUAGUGCUUCCGCUUUUAAAGCUAUACCCAUUAGACCCUCUAUUACUAGAGCGUAUGGAAGGGUGGAUGCGGAUGGUUCGAGGUAUUUACUUGGUGACCUUAGUGGGCUUCUUCACUUGCUUGUCAUAGUCCACGAGAAAGAAAAGGUUACCGGACUCAAAAUUGAGCUUCUAGGGGAAACAUCUAUCGCAUCAACUAUAUCAUAUCUUGAUAAUGCAUUUGUAUAUGUCGGCUCAAGCUUUGGAGAUUCCCAGCUUAUCAAAUUAAAUCUUCAGCCUGAUGCAAAAGGGUCUUACGUGGAAGUGCUAGAAAGAUAUGUCAACUUGGGCCCAAUUGUUGACUUUUGUGUGGUUGACUUAGAGAGGCAAGGUCAAGGGCAGGUUGUAACUUGUUCAGGAGCAUAUAAAGAUGGUUCCCUUUGCAUUGUUAGAAACGGGAUUGGGAUAAACGAACAGGCGUCCGUGGAACUACAAGGUAUCAAAGGAAUGUGGUCACUAAGAUCAGCUACAGACGAUCUGUACGACACAUUUUUGGUUGUGAGUUUCAUCAGUGAGACUCGAAUAUUAGCAAUGAACGUAGAAGAUGAGCUGGAGGAAACUGAGAUUGAGGGCUUUAGUUCUCAAGUACAAACUUUAUUUUGUCAUGAUGCCGUGCAUAAUCAACUUGUUCAGGUUACUUCAAGCUCCGUGAGACUCGUGAGUUCAGUAUCGAGAGAAUUAAGACACGAAUGGCAUGCACCUAUUGAGAACUCUAUUAAUGUUGCCACUGCUAACGCUACUCAAGUUCUAUUGGCUACUAGAGGUGGCCAUCUUGUUUACAUUGAAAUCGGUGACGGAGUUUUAGUAGAAAAAAAACACGCCGAACUGAAAUACGAUAUUUCAUGCCUUGACAUAAACCCGAUAGGUGAAAAUCUUCACUAUAGUAAUCUUGCGGCAGUCGGUAUGUGGACGGAUAUUAGUGUCAGAAUAUUUUCACUCCCUGACCUAGAGCUCAAGACCGAAGAGCAUUUAGGUGGUGAAAUUAUUCCUCGUUCCGUUCUUCUCUGUGCCUUUGAAGGGAUACCAUACUUGUUGUGUGCACUUGGAGAUGGUCAUCUUUUGAACUUUUUACUGAACACAGUCACUGGCGAAUUGACGGAUCGAAAAAAAGUAUCACUCGGGACCCAACCGAUAACACUUAGAACAUUUUCAUCGAAAAAUACCACUCAUGUUUUUGCAGCCUCUGAUAGGCCAACUGUUAUUUACAGCAGUAACAAAAAGUUACUCUACAGUAACGUGAACCUAAAAGAAGUUAGUCAUAUGUGCCCUUUCAAUUCUGCUGCUUUUCCCGACAGUCUUGCAAUUGCGAAAGAAGGUGAGUUAACAAUCGGGACAAUUGAUGAUAUUCAGAAGCUUCACAUCCGCUCAAUCCCUCUUGGUGAAUACGCAAGGCGUAUUUGCCAUCAAGAAAAGUCUCGUACAUUUGCCAUAUGUAGUUUAAAGUACAACCAGUCAAGCACAGAGGAUUCUGAAAUGCACUUCAUUCGGUUGUUAGAUGAUCAAACCUUUGAUUUCCUAUCAACUUACGCACUUGAUCAAUUUGAGAAUGGCUGUUCCAUACUCAGUUGCUCUUUCUCAGACGAUAAUAACGCAUAUUAUUGUGUUGGCACGGCUUAUGUUAUGCCAGAGGAGAAUGAACCAUCAAAGGGGCGUAUUUUGGUUUUCAUGGUUGAAGAUGGAAAGCUUCAACUAGUAGCUGAGAAAGAAACGAAGGGCGCGGUGUACUCCUUGAAUGCUUUUAACGGUAAACUACUGGCUGCUAUAAAUCAAAAAAUUCAACUGUACAAGUGGAUGCUUCGUGACGACGGUACACGUGAAUUGCAAUCUGAAUGUGGGCAUCAUGGCCACAUACUUGCUCUCUAUGUGCAAACUCGUGGGGAUUUCAUCGUCGUUGGUGAUUUAAUGAAAUCAAUUUCACUCUUGAUUUAUAAGCAUGAGGAAGGUGCUAUAGAGGAACGAGCGCGUGAUUACAACGCCAAUUGGAUGUCAGCAGUCGAGAUUCUUGACGACGACAUUUACCUCGGUGCUGAAAACAACUUCAACCUUUUUACUGUCCGCAAAAACAGCGAAGGCGCCACUGACGAGGAACGGGGGCGUCUAGAGGUGGUUGGUGAAUACCACCUUGGUGAGUUCGUGAACCGGUUCCGACACGGUUCACUCGUGAUGCGGUUGCCCGAUUCUGAUGUUGGUCAAAUCCCAACCAUUAUUUUUGGGACGGUCAAUGGAGUCAUCGGUGUCAUUGCUUCACUCCCUCAAGACCAGUACAUUUUCAUGGAGAAACUUCAGUCGAAUCUGAGGAAGGUUAUAAAAGGCGUUGGCGGUUUGAGCCAUGAACAAUGGAGAUCGUUUUAUAACGAAAAGAAAUCCGCUGACUCCAGAAAUUUCUUGGAUGGUGAUUUAAUUGAGUCGUUUCUUGAUCUUGGAAGGAGCAGAAUGGAAGAGAUUUCAAAAUCUAUGAAUGUUUCAGUUGAGGAAGUCAUGAAGAGAGUAGAAGAAUUAACAAGAUUGCAUUAAUCUAUGAAUGUUUCAGUAGAGGAAGUCAUGAAGAGAGUAGAAUUAACAAGAUUGCAUCAAGGUUGUAUCCCCUGGAUGCUUUUUUGAGAAACUUUGUUUUGAACCUUAACAUGUGAAACUUUGUGCUUUUUUCUUGGUUUUGUUUGUAUAUAAUAAAAGAAAAAUGUGUUGGUGUGAAUUU